GUAGUCUUCUGAAGUCUCGCGCAGCUCCUCUGGAAAGUUUACCCUACGGUAGCAGCUUGAACAGCCUAGACUCAACAGAAUCCAGACUCCAGAGACCAGAGCAUAAACUUUUCACAUUCACUUCUACGCAUUUUGCUAUGUUUUUGCAGUUUUGCACUUCAGCUUGCUUUUAUAAUUUGUGCCCCAUUUUUCGAUUACAACUGCAUAUUUAAGUCAUAUUAUAUUCCCAAAGGACUACAAUUACUUACAUGAUUUCAUCCCCACGAAGCGGCCAAGACGCGCCAGUGUGAAGGAGUGUUUGGAUUGCAUAGUCACGUCGUGACUGUAGUCGCGCUUUCCGUGAUCUCUUUAUGCUUUCAGGCCAGCGACAGUCCUUCACUGAAUUUAUCGCCGGUAGUUAGAGAAUAAUGGGAUCUAAGCGAGCGCGUGAGGAUCCCCCAAAGCCAGGGUCGGCCAUCAGCGGGGACAGCAGCGAGCAGUACGAAAUAGUGGAGUAUCUGGGUGAGGGCCAGUUCGCGCUGGUGUACAAGGCGCGCAGCCUGUCUGACAACCGUUUGGUGGCCAUGAAAAAGGUGAAGAUGGGACCGCGCGACGAGGCUAAACUGGGACUCAAUCGCAGCGCCAUCCGUGAGAUCCGCAUAAUGCAAGAGCUAAGCCAUCCGCACAUCCUGCCACUGCUGAACGUGGUCACCGUCGGUGCCAACAUCACCCUGGUGCUGGAAUUCAUGGAUUUUGAUCUGGAGAAGGUGAUUAAGGAUACGUCGCUGGUGCUGACGGCGGCCAACGUCAAAGCCUACACUAUUAUGAUUCUGCGUGGGAUGGCUUAUCUCCACCGCAACUGGAUUCUGCAUCGCGAUCUCAAACCGGAUAACUUGCUGCUAAACAUCAGCGGCCAGCUGAAAAUUACGGAUUUCGGUCUGGCCAAGCCGUUUGGAUCCCCAAGCCGUCCCUUCACCAGCCAGGUGGUGACCCGCUGGUACCGCGCCCCGGAACUCCUGCAAGGUGCCCACCGUUACGGCGGCGCCGUGGACAUUUGGGCCGUCGGCUGCAUCUUCGCCGAGAUGCUGCAGCGCGCUCCUCUCUUCCCUGGCGAAUCCGACAUGGAUCAGUAUAUCAAGAUUAUCCAGGUGAUGGGAUCUCCAAGCGACACUACCUGGCAGGAUGUACGCAAGCUGCCCUCCUUUAUUGACGUCAAGGAAUGCCCGCCCAUCCCCCUGGAGCAGAUAUUCCGGGCGGUGACGGCCGAUAUGCUGGACUUUUUGAAGAGCUGUCUGCUGUACGAACCCACCAAACGGGUGACGUGCGAGGAAGCGCUAAGUCUGCCGGCGUUUACCACGCGCAUGCCGCUGGCCACGCCCCCCACGGGGCUGCCGGUGCCUAGUAAGUUCCGUGCAAAGAUGCAGGCGGAGAUGGCGGAAGGGGAGAAGAAGCGGGUUAAACUGGAGGGCGGGGUCGAGAGUGGCCGGUCGGAUUGGGUGGUGAAGCGGCGAGUGUACACGUGAAGGUGGGAACAGCGAAAAUGUUGAGUCGGCGGUUUGGUACCGAUCAAUAUUUUCCUUUCGUGGAGGGUGUUGAUUGUGGUAUCUCCCAUGUUUUCUUUUCAUGCUUUAUUGUGAUGAAUUUUGUAUACGAUAUUGACGACAUGAGUACUGUAGGACAUGACUUGCAGAUGUUUUGUGAGAACUUAAUUUUUUCAGAAGAGUUUUUGCAAGCGUUUUGUCGUACAUGUAACCAACGUUUCACCUAAGGUGAUAGAAACAAAUGUACGCGAAAAUUGCAAAGGAAACAUCGCUUAUGAAAAGUUUGCAAACAACGAAAUGCGUAACACGUCUGAUUUCGCAUGAACAAUGGCAACUGUGCAAUGCGUAUCGAAAAUAAAAGGGACUCUAAA